UCUCAUGCAGCAAGGGCAGGAGUGGAGUUUGGGCUGUACUGGCUCAGCCCCACAGCCGUGCUUGAAGCCCGUUCUGUGGCGGGUCAAAAAACCCCAACAUUUCCAGAAGAAGCAGAGAGGACUUCUCAUCUCGUCCGCACGACAGGAAAGUUGGCAACUUAAAUGUUAAACUUGCCUGCGACUGUUGGGUGUUGACAUCAUCGUGAUCUCACCGCUGAAACCGGAGCCCUCCAGCUUUUCCUUUAAAUACCAGUCCUGGAGGCAGCACAGCACGAGUUCCUCGGGCAGAGCCCACGUCGAUGAAAGCAAAGAGGAGCUCCAGCCCCGCAGCCAUGUCCACGUCCCUGCGGGUGAGCCCCUCGGUGCACGGCUACCGCUUCGACACGGCGCUGCGCAAGAAAGCCGCGGCCAACAUCUUCGAGAGCAUCAACGAGGCGUCCCUGCAGAAACUCUUCAAAAACUCCGGGGACAAGAAGGCGGAGGAGAGAGCCAAGAUAAUCCUCGCCACCGACCAGGACAUGGAGGAAAAAACGAGAGCGCUGAUGGCACUAAAGCAGAGGAGAAAAGACAAACUGCUGCAGUUCCUGACGUUUCGGAAAUACUCCAUCAAAGUUCACUGAGCUGGCGGAGGGAGCAGGAAUGGAGAACGUUUUGUGAUGGGACAGUUUGAGACCUCCUAGCACGCUCAGCAUGCUCGGCUGCCCCGUGGGCUUGGGGAGCUGAGAGACCACGCAGGGGCUUCAGCCCCACUGCAAACCACGAGCCAACAGUGGCAGCAGCAUCGGUGCCCAUGGCACAUUGGUGUGGCCAGCAGGAUCAGUGCCCGUGGCACGCUGGUGUGGCCAGCAGGAUCGGUGCCCAUGGCACAGUGGUGCCCAUGGCAGCACUGAUGUGACCAGCAGCACUGGUGUGGCCAGCAGCAUCAGUGCCCAUGGCACACUGGUGUGGCCAGCAUCAGUGCCCACAGCAGCAUCAGUGCCCAUGGCACACUGGUGUGGUCAGCAUCAGUGCCCACAGCUCAUCAGUGUGGACAGCAGCCUGGUGGCCAGAGGCUCGCAGAGAGAGAGUGCAGCUCCCAGCUGGAGGCAGACGAGCUCCUCUGGGCAGCCAUGGGACUGAGCUGGGGGGAAGCCCCCACACCCAGGACCUCCUGAUGGACUUGGUGCUCACAGACUUGAGCCGGGUGCUUUGCCUCUUCAGCCUGAGCCUGUGCAGAGCCCCGGUGCUGUGGUGGUGGUGGGGGGCUCUGGAGACCUCCCAGCUGCUGGUCAGGGUGACUUUGCAUCUGUGAAAUGCACCCAAAGGCAGCGUGUGGUGCAGUGAGUUCAGCUGUCCGGGAAUGCUCCAGAGACACUCUGCACAGCUGUGCCUUUCCUUGCCAAGCUCUCUGUGUGCAGGAAAAGUCGUUUGCACAGAAGCAAUAAUAAUGACAGAUUUCCCUGAAUUUACUGUGAAGUUCCCUAAUAUUAUGUUCACUUACCACUAACACUAAAAAUCUAAAUAUAAUAACUACAGUUCUUCUCUGUGUAGGUGACAGUCACUAUUAGAUGAGUACUUACUUCAUGGCAAUAUUUUAUUACAAUGUUAAUAUUAUAUUGGCUAUAAUUUAUUGCAUACGGUGAUGUGAAAACUAAUAAAUUAUGAAGUAAA